AUGGCGUCGCUCUCAUCAGCGAUCUCUAAUCCAGGCCACAUUCUCUCCCCCAACGCGUUGGCUCACGAUGUCAAACCGAAGAAGAUUUGCUACUCUCAAUGCCAUGCAUUCUUUCUCCCUCCGCAUCGCUCUACUACUUGCAGAAUGGGUUUUGUUUCUGGGUUGGAAAGGAAAAAGACGCUAAAAAGCCAGAUCUUUGCAUCAGUCACAGUAGAUACUCCAGUAAACACAUCCCCUGAAAAAGUUCAGCUUCCUAAAGGUGACGCUUGGUCUGUUCAUAAAUUUGGUGGUACCUGUAUGGGAAGUUCAGAAAGAAUUAAGAAUGUUGCAAAAAUAGUUCUUAGUGAUGAUUCAGAGAGGAAGUUUAUAGUUGUCUCUGCAAUGUCAAAGGUAACAGAUAUGAUGUAUGAUCUCAUCUACAAGGCUCAAUCACGAGACGAUUCCUAUUUAUCUGCACUAGAUGCUGUUUUAGAAAAGCACAGAUCAACAGCCUUUGAUCUACUUGAUGGGGAUGAACUUGGUAGUUUCUUAGCGCAAUUGAAUCAUGACAUCAGUAACCUGAAAGCGAUGCUUCGAGCAAUAUACAUUGCUGGUCAUGCAACAGAAUCUUUUACAGAUUUUGUUGUAGGACAUGGAGAGUUAUGGUCAGCUCAGAUGUUGUCCUGUGUUGUUAGAAAGAAUGGGGUGGAUUGCAAUUGGAUGGAUACAAGGGAAGUCCUUAUUGUGAAUCCUACUAGUUCUAAUCAAGUCGAUCCUGAUUUCAAGGAGUCCGAAGAGAGACUUGAGAUAUGGUAUUCCAAAAAUCCAUCGAAAACAAUUGUAGCUACUGGUUUUAUUGCUAGCACACCUCAAAAUAUUCCUACUACUUUGAAGAGAGAUGGAAGUGACUUCUCCGCAGCUAUCAUGGGUGCUCUAUUCAAGGCACGUCAAGUCACUAUUUGGACAGAUGUUGAUGGAGUCUAUAGUGCAGACCCCAGAAAAGUCAGUGAGGCAGUGAUUCUUAAGACGUUGUCUUAUCAAGAGGCCUGGGAAAUGUCUUAUUUCGGGGCAAAUGUUCUGCAUCCACGCACCAUCAUCCCAGUGAUGCAAUAUGACAUUCCAAUUAUAAUACGAAAUGUUUUCAACCUCGCAGUACCUGGAACAAAAAUUUGUCGCUCUACUGAGGAUGAAGAUGGUCAGGGUUUGGAGUCCUUUGUCAAAGGGUUUGCCACAAUAGACAACUUGGCCAUUGUAAAUGUUGAAGGAACUGGAAUGGCUGGUGUUCCUGGUACGGCCAGUGCUAUAUUUAGUGCCGUAAAAGAUGUCGGGGCUAAUGUUAUUAUGAUAUCUCAGGCUAGUAGCGAGCAUUCUGUGUGCUUUGCUGUCCCUGAAAAGGAAGUGAAUGCUGUUUCUGAGUUACUGCAGUCUAGAUUUCGUGAGGCUUUGAAUGCUGGGCGCCUUUCUCAGGUUCAAGUCAUUCCAAACUGUAGUAUUCUGGCAGCAGUUGGCCAAAAAAUGGCUAGUACCCCAGGAGUUAGUGCAACUCUUUUCAAUGCACUGGCAAAGGCAAACAUUAAUGUGCGUGCCAUAGCUCAAGGUUGUUCUGAGUACAAUAUUACUGUAGUAGUAAAGCGGGAGGAUUGUAUUAGGGCCCUGCGAGCUGUCCACUCUAGAUUUUAUCUCUCAAGAACCACAAUAGCAAUGGGCAUCAUCGGACCCGGUCUGAUUGGUGGAACUUUACUUGAUCAAUUAAGGGAUCAGACAGCUACCCUCAAGGAAGAGUUUAACAUUGAUUUGCGUGUUAUGGGAAUCACUGGCUCAAGGACAAUGCUUUUGAGUGAGGCUGGGAUUGACCUAUCUAGAUGGAAAGAACUCCAAAAAGAGAAAGGAGUAGUGGCAGAUAUGGAAAAAUUUGUGCAGCAUAUACAUGGGAAUCAUUUCAUUCCGAAUACUGUUUUGGUUGACUGCACAGCUGACUCUAGUAUUGCAAGCCAUUACUAUGACUGGUUGCGGAAAGGAAUACAUGUAGUCACCCCCAACAAGAAGGCAAAUUCAGGACCACUUGAUCAGUAUUUGAAGUUAAGAGCUCUUCAACGGCAAUCCUAUACACAUUACUUCUAUGAAGCCACUGUUGGGGCUGGUCUGCCAAUUAUCAAUACAUUACAAGGUCUCCUCGAAACUGGUGACAAAAUAUUGCGCAUUGAAGGCAUCUUCAGUGGCACUUUGAGUUAUAUCUUUAACAACUUUAUAGGGACAAGAACUUUUAGUGAGGUGGUGGCUGAAGCAAAGCAGGCAGGUUAUACUGAGCCGGAUCCCAGGGAUGAUCUAUCUGGAACAGAUGUUUGUAGAAAGGUGAUAAUUCUUGCUAGGGAAUCUGGUCUUAAGCUGGAACUCUCUGACAUCCCUGUUGAAAGCCUGGUGCCAGAACCAUUGAAGGAUAGUGCAUCGGCAGAGGAAUUUAUGCAAAAACUUCCACAAUUCGAUCAUGACUUGGCUAAGAAAAGACAGAUAGCUGAGGAUGCUGGACAAGUCCUGAGAUACGUUGGGGUGGUCGACAUGGUCAAUCAGGAAGGGGCAGUGAAGCUGCAAACAUACAAGAAUGAUCAUCCUUUUGCUCAAUUAUCUGGGGCAGAUAAUAUCAUUGCUUUCACAACAACAAGGUACAAAGAUCAGCCCCUAAUAGUUCGUGGACCUGGUGCUGGUGCCGAAGUCACAGCUGGUGGAGUCUUCAGUGACAUAUUGCGGCUUGCCUCGUAUCUCGGUGCCCCGUCAUAG